UAUCAGCCAAAUGCCUAUAUAGAUGUCGUGCAAACAUAUGUCUAUCAACAAAAUGGUACACCAACUAAUUUUGCUUGUAUACAAUAUAAAGCUUAUCUUUAUGAUAAUUGGGAAUGUCGUGAAAGUUCUAAUCAAACAUUAUUGGAUGAAUUGAAUCAAACACAUAAAGAAUUGAUAAUGAUGGAAAUGUCAGAUUUAUUCAUGGGAUUAAUUGAUCAAAAAAUCAAAUUUAUUGAAUUACUCAAAAAUCAGGCAACAACCUUAUUGAAAAACAAACGCUAUCCAUUUUUUUGUCCUGAGCAUCAUAAUUACAAUGAAGAAUUAAAACAAUUUAAAUUGAAAUUGAAGAAUAUUACCGAUAUAUCCCAAAUUGUCGAUAAAAAAAAUCUUGAACCAUUGAUCGAAUAUAUGGAUGAAAUAAUAAAGGAUCAAUCUGAAAAACUAAAACAAAUGAAAGCUGAUGAACAAUUUUCAAAGAUCGGUAUUAUACAGCGUCAUAUUAUAUCAUUGAAUUUACAAAAAAAUUCAUUAAAAUCAAUCGAUCUAUUGAAUGGUGAUUUAAAACAAGCUCAACAAUUGAUUACAUCGACAUUUUUAUUGAUUGAAGAAUUGCAAUCUUUAUUGCUGUAACCAAUGAAUUUGAUUCUUAUCCAUAUUUAUUUUUUUGGUUAUUUCACAUCCUAAUUUUUCAAAUUUAUCAAAAACUA